GUUCGGAAAGGCGAGGCGAGGCACGUCGAGGGCAGCCCUCGCCGGAGAAAGGAGGGGAAAGCCCGGGCGCGUGAGAGAGAGAGAGAGCGAGCGAGAGAGAGGGCGAUCGCGCGCCAGCCAGCCCCGCCCGGCUGCCCGUCAGUCAGCCGCUCGCUCCGCUCCGCCAGGGACGCGCGGCGGCUGCGGGAGAAUCCCGAACUCCCCUCAUGGCAGCGGCGCGAGCAGGGAAUCCCCAGGAGUUGCCUCGCGCCGUCCAGCUGCCGCCGGGGUUGCUGCUGCCUCUGCCGCUGCUGCUGCUCCUGCUGCCGCCGCUGACGCCGCUGCCUGCCUGCGGAGCGGCUUUCGCUGCUGCUGCUGCUACUCUUCGUGCUCCGUGGCGGGGCUGCUCUUCCUAGUAGGAAGAACUCCAAGACACCCUCGCGAUUCCGCACCCGAAGGACACUAUCUCGCCCUCGAUCUAAACACCCACCAAACAAAAAGUUGCAAGAGAUUCCGUUGCAAUAUUCUCUGUUACUCUCUCACACCUGUUGCUGUCGUUGCCGGUGCCGUUUGCUCUUCUGCGCCUUCCGACCAAGCACCAGCCCCUGACACAUUAAUGAGGCAGCCGCCCCCCGGCGAGUUUGACAUGGCUCUCAGCGGCACCCUGCUCCCUUCCAUCUCCACCUUCGCCACGACGGGCACGACCGGCAGGGAGAAAGUCCUGCGGCCAGCAGGUGCUAACAACAAGUGGCGGGAGGAGCUGUCUCAUCUCAAGCGGUUCCCCCCUGUGUUAACAGGACGGCCUUACGACCUCUCUUCUGAGGUGGAAAAUACCACCACAAGUAUCAGUGGUGUGACUAUGACAAGGCGAGAGACGGAGGAGUUGAAUGAGCUCCUGGACUUUGACUUCAUCUUAUCCAACUCCCUGAUGCCCCAGGAGCAGCCCACAGCUGCUGCUGCAGUUGUGAGCUCUGCUCCUGGCUCCUCACCUGCCGUCAGUAGCAGUGGCUGCCCGUCUGUGACCACCUGCGACUUCCCGUACCAGCUGCAAAGAGAGGAUCACACUGCAGGAGGAGGAGGAGCGGGGAUACUGUACAACAGAGAACAGACCCCAGCUGCCCCUUUCAACCUGGCGGACAUCAAUGAUGUGUCCCCUUCUGGUGGAUUUGUGGCUGAGCUGAUGAGGCCUGAUCUGGACCCUGUUUAUAUGCAGCAACAACAGCAGCCUCCCCCACUGGGCAGCUUGCAUGGAAAGUUUGUGGUGAAAGCCACAGUGAACAUGGGGGAAUACAAUAACCACAUCAGUGUUAGCAGCAAGAACAACGCAGCCGCUGCUGCCGCUUCCCCUUGCACAGAUGGACCUGUGCCACCACCUGUUUAUAACCAUGUGCCCAGGAUGUGCCAAAAAAUCAAGCAGGAGGCAGCCCCUUCAUGCACCAUUGGCCAAUCCCAUGGGACUACUCCAAGAGCACAACAGCAUGAUUUCCCCUUGGGGCGGCCACUGCCUAGCAGGACUAACCCUCCCUUGACUCCAGAGGAAAUGAUGAACAGCAGAGACUGCCACCCCUCCCCACAAGGCUUGAGCCAUUCAGCCCUGCCGCUUCCACCGGGCUACCACCCAGGCCCAGGAUACCCCCCUUUCCUCCCAGAGCAACUGCCACCCAGCGCACUCCAAUAUCAAGGUCAGUCUUACUAUCUAAAUGUUUUUGGAGAGCCUUUAAGUAUGCCUCGCUUGGUACAAGGAAUGAUGUUGACUCCGCCCUCUUCACCUCUAGAGCUGAUGCCUUCUGGGAGCUGCCUUUCUGAAGAGACGAAACCAAAGAGGGGUCGGAGGUCAUGGCCCAGGAAAAGGACUGCCACACACACAUGUGACUAUGCGGGUUGUGGUAAAACAUACACCAAGAGCUCACACCUUAAAGCCCACCUUCGGACACAUACAGGUGAGAAGCCCUACCACUGUGAUUGGGAAGGCUGUGGCUGGAAGUUUGCCCGCUCCGAUGAACUCACGCGUCACUACAGAAAACACACAGGCCAUCGCCCAUUCCAGUGUCAGAGAUGUGACAGAGCAUUUUCCAGGUCUGACCACCUCGCCUUACAUAUGAAGAGACACUUUUAAAUGGGACAUGGUGAACUUUUUACUGCCAUGAGAGAUUCAGUAUUUGACAGCAGAAAAGACUGUCUUCCACAAGAAGGGAGAUCUCCACUUAAAGCACUACAAAGGAUUCCAGUGAAGUCUUCCAAAAAGAUGUGUGGACAUGAAUGGACAAUGAGAACACAUUUGUGGAACUUUAAAGCAAAUGGGGAAACAAUGACUGGAUCUUUUAAUCAUCAUUCCAUUUUUAUAAAUCUGACUUGAAUCUUUCUGGAAUACAGAAUGCCAAGGAUUGACUGGAAGUCAAGGAUAUCAGGGUUAAAACAAACUGUUGAGGGUGGGGUGAAUGGGAGAUUACGUAGGGAAGCCUAUGGGUGAAGACAGAUGUAUCAUUUGUAGAGCAGCAGGGCUGCUUCGGUAGCUGUUUCACUACAUUUUUCAUCUCCAUUGUUGAGGGCCUAAAAACACAAUUGCGCCAAGUUCCAGCAGCAAAGGCAGUGUUUAUUUGGUUGUACUUCAUGAGUUCUCUCUCCGUAAUCCCAGUUACCUGAAUUGCUUUACAAUAGUUUUAGAACCUUUUUUUUUUUUAAGAGGAACAAAUGUUCAUUAUAUGUACUUUAAAAAAUUAAAAGGCUGGCAGCACCUUAAGAAAACUAAGGAAUAAAACUGAGACCAUAUGACCUGAUGGAAGGCAUUUACGACAUAUAUAUUCCAAAGCCAGAAGGAAGCCUCAUUCACACCAUGGCUGAAGAAUCCACUGUGACCUCUUUUUAAAUGCUGUAUCUGUCUUCACCCUAAAUUCCCUUAAGAUUUCUUUUCAAUGCAAUAUUUUAAACAAGUUGUAGCCUUGCAAUUUCUUUUUCCUUUCAAAAGCCAUUACUAAACUAAGUCAAGGAAGAAGAAAUUCAGGUACAGAGUUGUGGUUAAAGUCUAUGUUCAUGGUGCUGAAUGACUUUUGGUUCUUAAGGUACCAAAAAAAGGAAGCCAAAGUUCUCAAACUGCUGCAUAUUUGACAAGGAAAUACGUUUGUCUUCCGAUCUACAGUUAGUGAUGACAAAAAUCAGGUUAAAAAACCUGAUUUAUUUGCGUUUGUUUCUCUCUUAAUCUUCUAUGCAGACAGUCUGUAAUGCACUGUGGUUUCAAUGUGCAAUAAUUUGUACAAUGGUUUAUUCCCAAAUAUGCCUUAAGCAGAACAAAAAAAUUCUAUAUAGUUCUUUACUUAAUAAAUAUGUAAUAUAAAUUUAAGGAGACUUCUAUUUUGUAUAUUUGUAAACUAUGAAGUGAAAAAAUUAAAAUGUUGUCAGAGUUUGUAUUUUGCAUAUUCAUUUUGCUGAAAAUAACUUUUAAAUAAACCUAUUUUAUCUGUGGCUUUUAAAAACUUUUUCUUCUACCAAGUUAUGAUGAUGGACUUUUAAUCUACACAUUCAUGUAGAGUUGACCUUAGUACUAUUAGCAUUUUAAAAGCUGCUAUAAUCCUAAAUUUUUAAAAACCAGUACUGCUUACAGUCCCUUCUUGUCCAUGUCUACUCCCACCAAGUGCAAUGAAGCUUACCUCUAAAGUAAAUUGUCUAGGCCUGCAUACCCAAGUAUACUUAACAGGAAGUACACACCGUAGAAUUGACUGAGCCUUGCUUCCGAGUUAUCAAGCACAAGCUAAUGCUAUAAAGCUGUUUAAACACAGUUACCUAAUCUUAUGGAAAGGGGCUGCAUCAAAUCCUUUCCCUCUAAUUUCAAUGUGUUUUUAGAUGAGUCAGUAGCGAGGAGUAAUUUGGACUGUAAAAGAUUACAGAACUGUCUUGUUGGGUUAAACCAAGGGUUCAACCAGUUCAGCAUGCUGCUUCUAACAGCCACCAACUGGCUUUUGCUAUGAAUCUCAAAGGCAGAGUAAAAUAGACACAGAGCCUUCAGUUUACAUAAUUAAAGGAAUGAACUUCCUUAGCUAUCUUAGGCAUUUGAAAAGUCUUUAAAAUAACAAUUCUAUGUGUUUUCUAAUACAGCUUUAAUAUUUACAAUGUGUACUGUAUAACAAUAUUUCAUUUUGCAGUUCUAAUAGCCAAGACAAUGUAAUUUGUGUGUGAUGGUUGAAGGAAGAAUUAGUCAUGUUCCACUAGGUAUCUUAAGGCUGAUCAUCCCACCUCAUUGUCAUAAUAUUGUGGCCAUAAAACGAGGUCAACUUGCCAAAAGUGCUGAUGGUGCUCAAUUAAUACUAUUUCCUAGCAUACUAAAAAUUAGAAGUGAAUGACACAUCACUCCUUACAACAAAUCUGUAAAGAAGUACAAGCAGGGGGGCUGUUGAGAAGAGUAGGGGUGCCUAAUACCAUGUAUCAGAAGAAGCCAAGGAUUUCCCUGAUGCUUCUAUUCUGAGCUGUUAGCUGCUACAGUUUCCCUAACAGUCAGCCUUCCCUAAACUGAUGCCCUCCAGAUAUUUUAGAUUUCAACUGCAUCAGCCCCAGCCAGCAAUGCUAAUUUUAAGAAAUUCUGGGAGUUGUAGUCUAAAAUGUCUGGAGUGAACCCAUAUUACAGAAGGCUACAGUGUGUCACACACUAGCUCAAGAUUUCAAGUAGAAUCUUGGCAAAUUGUAGACUGCUUUCAGAUUCAGGCCAAUAGUAUGUUUCCAUAAAAUCUUUUUCUAACUACUUAAAAUAGGUCGAAUCCUGUUAUCUUUCCUUCUUGUACCUACAAUUGAGGGGGAUCCAUGUUACAGCAAACUUCAUAUAUUUCCCAGAGUUAGUGAUAGUGUGACUCAGUAGAACCUUCAUAAUUUCCAGUGUACUUCAGGAAUGCUGUACUGUUUGACGGUUAUGUUUUAUUCAGAUGUGAUUUGCUUGGCCAGGGUUCACAGCAACCCUCAAAGAGUGGAUUUGGGUUUGAAAAUCUUCUUGCUUUUUAAUAGUGUAGUUUCCCUGGUUUGAAAAGAUAAUUUACUAGCCAAAAAAUCCAUUUGGAUUUAUUUAUUUAUGUAAGAAAUUAGCCAUGUAAAACAAAGUAUUUAAGGUGAACUUAUUCCAGAAGAAAACUAGGUAAUCUUAAAUGGUAUUCAUUUUAUUUCUUGUUUCUGUAUCCUUUCCUUCCUCCAGAGCCAUAAGAGUAUCUCAUUUUACCUUAGUCAGUACCUCGUGGAGUAGGUUGGCAUAAGAGAGAAUAACGAGCCCAAAUUUUGCUUCAUACCAGCAAGGAGUUCUGAAACACUUAGUCAGGAGGUGCUUUUUUUUAACACACCAAGCUGGAAGCAGAUUCUCAUGUUCUAAUUCCAACAAACCUUUGCUCUGUAGCGGGUGGGGGUAGCACUUACCUGCUGGUGCCCAUGUAGCAUGGAGGAUUUAGUAACAAUGCAAUCCGCUUCGGGAGUCCACUAAAAGAUCAGUUCUAGACUGCUGCUACUCUUCAAAUGCAUUUGCACCUGCCCUACUUCCACCUUACUGGACCUCAGUGCCCUCUUUUUAUCCUCACAAAGCCCCCAUGAAGUGCAUUAGGCACACAGAGACUUACUCAAACACACUUCUCACAUGGUCCUAUGCAUGUCUACUCAAAAUUAAGUCCCAACUGCCCUAAGCCCUAGCCCUAGCCCUUACCCUAGUUGUAUUCAGUAGGAGAUUAUGCCUAGAUAAGUGUUGCUAGGAUUUAAGGCUUGCUGAGCAUGGUUUUGAUGUCUUAACCUUUGGGCCAGGUCUGUGGCCCCUUCCAAACGUCAUGUGUGAAGCUAGUCAAUCAGCAGAAGCAUUUCAUUUACUUCAAGAUAACAUGCUGGUAAAUGCAGGAGAAGAUUUAAAUAAUUUCAGAAAACAGCAUGAGUUGGUGAUCUUUUACAAUCCAACAAGCUGGAGACACUAGCUCAAGCUCGUUUUUGGAUAAAUGCUGAUACUGCUUGCCUGUUGUAAACUGCAAGUGGAUUCUUGCUUAUGACAUUAAAGCAGUAUCGUCUUUUUUUUAAUUCAGCAACAGCUGCCUCUUAAUGUAAAUGUUAUGUGCAUUAUUGUCUGGCUGCUGAGUUAUGCUUCUUGCUUUAUAUUUGCACA